CUAAAAAUUAAUGCGUUCGCUGAACAUUUUCGAAGAGAAAUGUAAAAGUUUAUGGCAACAGUACAACGAAACGAUUCAUACGGUGCAAGUCAUUUUCGUUUGAAACAAUUUUGACAAACAUUUCAAACGAAGAGGGACAUUUUCAACUUUGACCCCUGACGAAUUGAAUGAGUUUUCUGCAAAAUGGCAGCAUCAAUACCUUCUGCAGUGUCAGCACCCUCAUUGGGUCAAAAACGCAGGGCAUCUUUGAAGAAGAAAGAAAGAAGAAAACGAAAACGCCAAGCCCUCGCCAAAGCCCAAAUCAGAGAAUCUGGUGAAAAUGGAGAUGAUUCUCCACCAGAACAAGAUGACGAUGAAGAGGAAAGGAAGGCUGAGGAAGAAAGACGGCGCCUAGACCAGGAGUGGCUGGAGAGGGAGAGGCUGGCCCAGCAGGAAUUCAGACUCCGGUGGGAGAGGGAAGACGCUGCAAGGAAGAGACAGGAGGAAGAGGAGGCGAGGAUAAAGCAGGAAUGGGAGGCCCAGCAGAGGAGAGAGGAAGAGGAGAAGGAGCAGAAGCAACAGGAGAAGAGAGACAGAGAGGAAGCUGUACAGAAAAUGUUGGACCAGGCUGAGAGUCAGCUGGAGAAUGGGGGUCCCUGGAGAAACCCGGAGGCUCCAGAUUUUGGUACGGAGCAAGACCGGGCUAACUGCCCUUUCUUCCUCAAAACUGGAGCCUGCCGCUUCGGCGACAGGUGCUCUCGUAAGCAUGUCCACCCCCCGUCCAGCCCUACUCUGAUGAUCCGGGGGAUGUUUGCGACUUUCGGGAUGGACCAGAGGUCACGGGACGACUACGAUACAGACGCCUGUCUGGAGCACAGCGAGGAGGAGGUACAACAGCAGUUUGUGGAUUUCUACGAGGAUGUACUUCCUGAGUUCAGGACUGCUGGCAAGGUGGUGCAGUUUAAGGUCAGCUGCAACUUUGAGCCACAUUUGAGAGGAAAUGUUUAUGUCCAGUUUGACACAGAGGAGCAGUGCAGAGAGGCCUUCGUGAUGUUCAAUGGAAGAUGGUACGCUGGUAAACAGCUCCAGUGUGAGUUCUCUCCUGUCACCAGAUGGAAGACUGCUAUAUGUGGUUUGUUCGACCGACAGAAGUGUCCGAAAGGAAAGCACUGCAACUUCCUGCACGUGUACCGUAACCCUGGAAACGAGUUCUGGGAGGCGGACAGGGACCUGCACAUGUCCCCCGACCGGGGAGGAGGGGGUAACGGGUCUUUCGCUGGGGGCCGGUUCUCUGAGAGGAGUAACCGCUCCUCGUGGACCGAGAGGUCACAGAGCCGACGGGGGGAGAGGAGCAGGAGGAGUAGGAGCAGGGAGAGCAGAAUAGCCCAAAGGAGAGAGAGUCUUCAGAGUGACAGGUCUUGGACCAGUCGUACCAGCACAAGACUCAGGUCGAGGAGUAGGGACAGAGAAAGGAGAGACAGGAGCAGAGAUAGGAGGGACAGAGGCAGGAGCAGGGACAGAGACCGGCGGGAUGGGAGCAGAGACCGAGAUGGGAGCAAGAGAGAGGGGUGGAGGGGUUCACCCACAGAGGCUAGUAGGGGGAGAUCCAGAUCAGCCAGCCCUGGAGAGUUCUCUAAGAGGAAGAGACAGGGGAGCAGGAGCCCUGGAGAGUCCUCUAAGAGGAAGAGACAGGGGAGCAGGAGCCCUGGAGAGUCCUCUAAGAGGAAGAGACAGGGGAGCAGGAGCCCUGGAGAGUCCUCUAAGAGGAAGAGACAGGGGAGCAGGAGCCCUGGAGAGUCCUCUAAGAGGAAGAGACGGGGGAGCAGGAGCCCUGGGAAAACAUCCCAAAAAGACAAGCAGCCAGCCAACGACAGCAGCGACACAGCUCCAUCACGCCACAAACACUCCAAAAAAAGCAAAAAGAAGAAGAGCAAGAGGAGGAAACCCAAGAGGGACAAAAAGAGCCAGUCGGCUGGGGGUCAGAGUUCAUCUGCAGAGUCGGGGAAGGAGUCUUGGGACGAGGAGAAACCCUCUCCAAACCUUGUAGACAGCAGUACACGGACUCCUCAUGAGGUAGACAACACUACCCAGGAGACUGUGGAUGUAGACAGCAGUACACGGACUCCUCAUGAGGUAGACAACACUACCCAGGGGACUGUGGAUGUAGACAACACUACCCAGGGGACUGUGGAUGUAGACAACACUACCCAGGGGACUGUGGAUGUAGACAACACUUCCCAGGAGACUGCUAGGGUAAAUGCCAUACUUAGUCUCAUGUUGUCUGAGUCUCUUGAUAAUGCCAAUGCAGUCACUUCAGACAUACAGACCCAGGUCAAGGAGGAGCCUGAGGAUCCCUGUCCACCUAUUGUCCCCUCUCCUAGCCCUGGGGAUGUGGACAUCGCUCAGACUCCUGGGGCCACUGACAACAGUACUCCUGAGGCAAACGCACUCUCCCCAGACCUCCAUAGUAUCUUCCUCAAGCAGGAGUAUCCCUCUCUACCCAGUGUGCCUGAAGAGGAAUGUGAACAGGAUGGACCUGAGACGCUGCCUGAUUCCCCCGACGAUGAUGAACCAUAGCGGAAUUAAAUGUGUUCUGUAUGGACUUCACCAUGACUGCUAUGGCCAUUUUGAAGCGUACACUGUUUAUGCAUGGACUGUUUUCAAUCUUCACCAAUGCACUGCUCGACCUAGCUUUCACAAAUGUUAGUUUGUUCCAAAUGUAAGAUGUGACAAUUAAAUGUUUUUAUACAUUA